AUGAAAGAUAAUAAUUGUACAAAUAAUGAUCAUUUUAAUGAUUGUUAUCACGAUCUAUCAACAUCCAUGGAAGGAAUUCCAUCAAAUCAUUCAAACAAAUGUCAGCAUACUACUACUACUACUACUGCUACCAAUACUACUACUACUACUACUACUACUACUACUAGUACUACUACUACUACUACUACUAGUACUACUACUACUAAUAAUAAUAAUAGUAUAAUAGGAGAUAUAAACCAUACAAAUAAUAAUGAAUUAGAUAUAAUGAAACGAUCUAAUUCAUGUAAAUAUAAUUCAUUUAAUAAUUGUAAAUCUUCAUCAUUGAAAAGAUCAUUUCCAUGUGAUACAUUAUCAUAUCAUCAUAUUGUUUGGAAACCAGUAUCAACAUUCAUUACAAAUUUACAAUCAAAAUUAUUAAAUCAUUCAAAUAAUAUAAAAUCGGAACAAACAAAUCAAUUUAAUAAAACAAAAUCUAAUAUAAAUCAUUUUGGACGAUUUAAUAUUGGUUGUCCAUCUGGAUGUAAUUCCUCAAUUGCUGAUAUGACAAUAAAUGAAGAUUAUCAAUUCUAUAAAGAUAUAAUCCAAUCAUCAUCAUCAUCAUCAGAAUUAUUAAAUAAUCAACAAGCUAAUAUCCAAACUGAAUUGAAUCCAUUGAAAUCUCUUCAAUAUAUGGAAUAUGAUCAUUUAUCUAAAAUAUCUACUGAUACAUCAUUUAAUGCAUCAAUACUUGUCAAGAUUAAUGUUAGCGGUACAAUAUUUCAUGUAAGACAUAGUACAUUAAAACGUGAUCCAUUUGUUUAUGGUAAAAUGUUAGAAGAUGCUAUAUGGAUAUCAAAAACAAAAGAAUAUUAUUUUGAAAGAGAUCCAGUAGUAUUUCGUUUUAUAUUAUGUUAUUUAAGAAGAGGUGAAUUACAUUUACCACAUGAUAUGUGUGGUCCAUUAGUUGAAAAAGAAUUAGAUGAUUGGGGUAUAGCAUUAGGUUUAGAUAUACAAAGAUGUUGUUUAGGUCCAGUUAUGGAAAGUAAAUCAAAAUUAGAAUCAUUACAUAGAUUUGAAGAGAAAUUAGAACCAGAAGCUGUACAACCAGAUUAUUGGAUUCAAUCAUAUCGUUGGCAAUUAUUUCGUGAAAAAAUUUGGUCUGUUAUAGAUAUAUCACCAAGAUUAAUUCAUUCACAUUUUAAUAAUUAUAGACAUAGAAAACACUAUACACCUAAUGAAUUAUUCCCUAAUGAAUAUAGUUCAACAAGUGAUCAAUCUAAUCCAAAUCAUCCUCAUCCUCAUCUUGAUCAUCCUCAUGAGGAUGAUGAGGAUGAUGAGGAUGAUAAUAGUUUCAAUUCUAAUCAUCAAUCAAAUAAUCAAAUCAAUCAAAAUAAUUCUAUCAAUAAUAAACAAUCAUUUGAUUUAUCGACUAUUCAAUCAAUUAAUUUAUGUUGUUCUAAUCAAAUCAAUAAAUGUUCGAAAUUAUCAAAUGAUCAUCAUUUAAUAACUAAUCAUGAAUCAAUAUAUUUAAUAUGGUUAAGACAUUUUUAUUUUAUUUAUGAAACAUUAAUUAUUACAUCAGCUGUUGGUGUAUUUAUGUUAUCUACAGUAAAAGAAUAUCGUAUACCAUUUUAUUUAAAUAUUACAGAAUAUAUGGAUUUUUAUAAUGAUACAAUAUCAGAUUAUAAUGAUCAUUUAGAAAUAAUCACUAUGGCAACUAAUUUAAAUAAUAAUAAUAAUAAUAAUAAUAGAUCAAAUAUCAAUUAUUUUACAUUACCAUCUAAAUGGCUUGUACAAAUGGAUAUAUUUUUUUCUAUAGCUAUUACAAUUGAUGUAUUAAUACGUAUGAUAUUUUGUCCAUGUUUUACAAUAUGGUUAUUCUCAUUAUCAACAUUAAUUGAUAUUUUAUCAUUAAUACCAUUCUAUUGUGAAUUUAUAUUCUAUGAAUUAGUCUAUAAUUAUAAUACUACUAAUAAUACUACCUCUACUACUACUAAUACUACUAUUAAUAAUACUACUAAUCAUUCAGAAUCUAUAUGGUGGUUAAUUCGUAUUCUUAGAGUAGAAGAAUAUUUUAUUAUAUUAAAAGUAUUUGUUGUAUUAAGAUUAUUUCGUUUAUUAAGACGACAUCGUGGUACUCGUGUAUUAUUUUAUACAAUAUGUACAACUAUUACUGAUUUAUCUAUAUUAAUUAUAUUAAUAUUAGUAAGUGCAUUAUUUUUUGGUGCUGCAAUUUAUUUUGUUGAUCCAACAUUUAAUGAUAUUCCAAAAGGAUUUUGGUGGGCAUUAAUCACUAUGUCUACAGUUGGUUAUGGGGAUUUAGUACCAAAUAAUAAAUGGGGUUAUUUAGUUGCUAUUGCAUGUAUUAUAUUAGGUACAUUAUUAGUAUCUUAUACAAUACCUGUAUUAGUUAAUCAUUUUUUAUUAUAUUAUGCUCAUGCUGAUCAAUUAUCUAUGGUAAAACAAUUGCAUAGAACAGCUAAACGUAAAAUACGUAAUAGAAAAAUGUCACGUUAUUUACAAAAAGCAUUAUAUAAUGCUAAAUCUAUUGUGAAUUCAACAAUUACUAAUGUCAAUCAUAAAUAGAUUCAUCUUGUUUUUCCGCUCCCCCCCUUCUCUCUCUGUCUAUCUAUAUCUACACAUACACACAUAUACACCACCAACACCACCACCACAACCACCACCACCACCACCACCAAAAACACCACCACGAACAACAACAUUUCAUCGCUACUUUUUCAGUUUGUUUUUUUCUUUUUUUUAAUUUUACACAAUUAUUGAUCACCUUCUUGAUAUUUCCAUUCUUUAUACUCAAUCACUUUCUAUAUAUAUAUAUAUGAAUACUGAAAUAUUUCAAUAAACAAAGAUUAAAAGUAGAAGGGAACAGUGUAAAACAAAAAGAAAGAAAGAAAGAAAAUAGAACAAUACAUGAUCCACUCAUUAACACACAAACACACACACACAUAUGUAUAUUUCGCUUGGAUACUAAGUCAUGACUUUCGAUUAUUGUACAUUAUUUUUUGUUGUUCUUUUCGUUGUUGUUGUUGCUGUUGUUCGAAUCAAAUGAUUUACUCUAAUUAAAAAUGAUAAUUAUUUAUUUAUUUAUUUAUUAGAAAGGGUAGUGUGCAGAGUUGAGAAAUUUCACUGGUUGAAAUCAUCAUUUCCAUUGAAGUUAGAUCACUAUGAUGGAAAACUUGGAAGCAUUGCUAAAAAGUCUCAUACUGGAACAAAAUGGUCAUUCAAUGCUUCCAGGUAAUUCAUAUUAAUGAAUUAGCUUCAAUGGAUUAAUGAUUACAAUCAAUGAAAUGAUUUAUUUUUAAAUAUUUACAUCAAUCAAAAUCGAUUAAAUCGUUUCUCUUUUUUUUUCUUUUAUAAAUUAAUUCAAUUAAAUUUUAUUCAAAGUUCAAUGAUUCAUUACUUUUUGAUUAAACUUAUAAUUAGAUACAGUCAUAGUAACAAAUGAUUACCAUUAUUGAUUAUUAUUUUUUAAAAAAAAGAAAAAAAAAAGAAUUAUUUUAUAAAUGAUUUCUAUUAUAACUUACAAAUGAAUCUUGUUAUUCAAUGUAUACUAAUAAUAAAUAUAAUCAAUAUGAUUGAGUAUUCCUGUUUCUAUUGUUGUUGUUGUUUUCUUUUCAUUUAACAUUUCAUAAAUGUUC